AACGGCUAGAAAAUACUUUCUCAUCGGAAACCUCACGGCUUACACCCAUAAAACCCUAACAAUGGCGUCGAUAUCCUUCACUCUUGGUCUCUUUAGAUCGGCCAAUUCCAGACGUGAAUUAAGAAGGACUCGGAUUAUUUCUGAGGAGAUAUAGGGUUUUUUAUCCGGGUUGUAAUCGGAUCCCAUGAUCGUAGAGAAAGCUGGAAUUGGGGAUUUUGGGUGACCCCAGGAAAUGGUUGCUUUGAAGAUGACAGAGAAUUGAAGGCGGACACACGGAGAGAAGGAGAGGAAAGAAUCGAGCGGCCGGAUUGUGAUCUCUGCAACUAAACCCUUAGGGAAAGCUGGUUCGAAUGAGAAAAAUUUCUCUCUAAAUCAACGGAUUCUGAAGCUUGAAGAUUGAAUUGAGAAGGAAAUUCAAGAUUUUAUUUGCAUCCUUCAGGGAGAGGAAUAUACGGUGCCAAGCGGAGAUUUUGGUCCAAAGCAUUUCCUUAAUAUCUCUUUUUCAUUUUUUUGUUUUUAUAUUUGUUCAUCAUGAAUUGUAUUAUUUGAUCUGAAGUGGAUUGAUAUUUAGUUUACACUUGACACACACUGAGCACAGAGUUAGUGAGGCCUCAACAUGCAUGGCACAUAAUGUCACUACAUGGUUUAACUAAGAUUUAAAAAUCUGAGUAUGAGAUAUGAUGUAACCCCGCAAGGGAUUAUAACUUUUUAGAAUAACCUACCAGUGUCCACAAUAUGGGUUGAGAACUUUAAAGUGAGAAGGAUUGUGGAACCAUACUCGAUAUUCUUUGCUAUCACAUAGUUGGGAAGAGUAGACUUUAUGAGGUUCGGUUAUAGAAAUGUAAUGGCCAGUGUACAGGUUCAACCGCAUGUUAGUCUCAGUUGAAGGAGUCAUUUCCUUGGUAGUGAUCUUGGGAUCGAUUGCUUGUUAUAUUGCCACAUUACUGAGGUUCUUGAUCAUCAGAUUAGCUGGGAUUGCAGUGUUUUUCUUGGCAAAUAUUCCUUCAACUACAUAGUAGGUAUAUUUUUCUUAUCUCAUUUGAAACUUUGAGUUCUCUUUGGUGUCACCUUUUGCUUUUGGGUUUUUUCUUGUUUUAAUUUACCUUUUAUAUACAUUAAGCAUUUCUUUUUCUUCUGUUUUUUCUGUUUUUCAUUUCAAAAUAUAUAAAUGAUUGGAAAAAGUAGCGGUAUGACAAUUUACCGGCUGACAAUGGCUUCUCGCCAUUGUUGAGCUUGCAAACAUCCUUUUCUCUUUAGAAUUUGAAAACUCAAGUUUCAAAAUGAGGCAAUGAAAUCUGUACCUACCACAGAGUUGGGUUUGAUUUGCGGAAGGCAAAUACUGUAAGCGACGUCGAUCUUGUCGAUCUCGAACUUUAGUUUUGUGGUGGUAAUUAACAGAAUUAGAUUCCCAUGAUCACUAACAGGAGGUAGAUCUUUCCAGUGAGAUUGAUAUGUUCGGACCUGUUAAUUUGUUCAUUAUAUUUUUUUUAAUCGAGCUUUAUCAAGUCUCAAAUUUUCAAAUAUGCGAUAGUAAAGAAAUAUUGAGUAU